ACCGUCUCGGGAAAAAAAAGUGACGGCGGAGAAAAAGGGAAGCGCGCCGGUGGUCUCGUGAUGGUGGGGCGGUCUCGGACGGCGUUGCUGUCUCCCGUCUCGGUUCGCCGUAUUUAAUGUCCCGCCGUGUAGCAGGAGCCGAGCCGAAUCGGGCUAAAUACUAUUAAAAUGGCCGAGGUCGAAGGGGAUGAGAUUCGUUCUGCGGUGCCGUCGCUGCUUCAACCAUCGUCUCGGAAUGGCUCCGGUGUCGGUUCGGCAGCUGGUACCGGAGGCCCGGCCGCGACCACGGUGACGUCAGGCCCGCGGCUGGUCCGGAUCGUCAAGUCGGAUUCCGGCUACGGCUUCAACGUCCGUGGGCAGGUCAGCGAAGGCGGCCAGCUCCGGAGCAUCAACGGCGAGCUGUACGCACCGCUGCAGCACGUCAGCGCCGUACUGCCGGGCGGGGCGGCCGACCGGGCCGGCAUCUCGAAGGGGGACCGCAUCCUGGAGGUGAAUGGAGUGAACGUGGAGGGGGCCACGCACAAGCAGGUGGUGGACCUGAUCCGGGCUGGUGAGCGCGAGCUGGUGCUGACGGUGCUGUCCGUCCCACAGCCUGAGGCUGAUAGCCUGGACCCAGGGGACGAUGGUAGUGCUCAGUCCUGCUACGAUUACAGUGACAAGCAGGCCGUGCCCAUCUCGGUUCCCACGUACAAGCACGUGGAGCAGAACACAGAGAAGUUCGUGGUGUACAAUGUGUACAUGGCGGGCAGGCAGCUGUGCUCCAAGCGCUACCGCGAGUUCGCCAUCCUGCAUCAGAACCUGAAGAGGGAGUUCGCCAACUUCACCUUUCCCAAGCUCCCGGGCAAGUGGCCUUUCUCCCUGUCCGAGCAGCAGCUGGACGCCCGGCGCCGUGGCUUGGAGGAGUACCUGGAGAAAGUGUGCUCUGUUCGGGUGAUAGGGGAGAGUGACAUCAUGCAGGAGUUCUUGUCCGAAUCCGACGAAAACUAUAAUGGUGUAUCGGAUGUGGAGCUCCGCAUAGCCCUGCCAGACAAGACCACGGUCACAGUGCGUGUACGCAAGAACUCCACCACGGACCAGGUGUACCAGGCUGUGGUGAUGAAGGUUGGGAUGGACAGCACCACCGCCAGCUACUUUGCCCUGUUUGAAGUCAUUAACCACUCCUUUGCACGCAAGCUGGCCCCCAACGAAUUCCCCCAUAAGCUCUAUGUGCAGAACUACACCUCGGCUGUGCCUGGAACCUGCCUCACCUUGCGGAAGUGGCUUUUCACCACUGAGGAAGAGAUCCUGCUCAAUGACAACGAGUUGGCCAUCAACUACUGCUUCCACCAGGCUCUUGAUGAUGUGAAGAAGGGAUUCAUCAAGGCGGAUGAGAAAUCGUAUCAGCUGCAGAAGUUGGCUGAGCAACGUAAGAUGGCAAUGUACCUGAGCAUGCUGCGUUCAUGCGAAGGCUACAAUGAGAUCGUCUUUCCCCACUGUGCGUGUGACUCCCGGCGCAAGGGCCACGUGCUCACGGCCAUCAGCAUCCGCCACUUUAAGCUGCACGCCUGCACCGAGGAGGGCGCACUGGAGAAUCAGGUGAUCGCCUUUGAAUGGAGCGAGAUGCAGCGCUGGGACACGGAUGAGGAGGGCAUGGCCUUCUGCUUUGAGUACGCCCGUGGAGAGAAGAAGCCGCGCUGGGUCAAGAUCUUCACCCCAUACUUCAACUACAUGCACGAAUGUUUCGAGCGGGUCUUCUGUGAGCUCAAGUGGAGGAAAGAGGUUGAAGAAGAGGCCACUGACAAGGACAACAAAAACUGCAGUAAAGAUGGUAUGUGUAGUAAGGUAAGGCCUUGUCAGCCUCUGACGGGCAUCCCCCUCCCCCGCUGCACUCGCGUGUCACCCUUUGGUGCUUUUCCACAAGCUGUACCCCAGCCGUACCUGUGCUUACAUGGCCCUGCUUAUUAGCAAUGCCGAAAACAUGACCAUUCCAAGCUGGUUACGUCGCCACCAUCUGAUUGAUCGACAUGCAGGACAGAACUCGAUUUGUUCUUUAUCAGUAGUAUUGCAUGUUGUGACGUAUUGAUGCAUUCUGGGUAACUUACAAACUCCUAAUUAAAGUACUGUUGAAAUGAUGAACAGAAUGUAUCCAUAAUCAAAUUUAGUCGCUGAUUCCGCAAGCGUUUCAUGCUAACAUAACAUGGUGAUUCUCACAGACUUGCUGGCGGAAAGCUGGAUCUGCACUGUAGCCAGCCUCUCUUUGCAGAACGGCUUGGUUACUCUAUGCCUGUGGAAAAGCAACGAGGGUGGCUCUCCGCAACUCGUGGGGCUGCUUUGUUAUUCCUGUCACGUCACGGCAGCGUUGUGUGUUUGUGGAGACCAUCCAGCUCGUCUGCCUGUCCUCUUUGGCUGCUCUCCGCGUCUCCCGCGAGCAGGAAAGAUGUCCCGGUAAAAGUGUCCGCUUAUCAGCACCGUGGCGCAGGGUAGCACGAUUUUCCCGUGGCCGCUGGGGACAAGCGGGAAGGGGGGUGAGUGGGAAGU